AAGAUCUUCCGUUUAAGGCGUGAGUGCUCGUCGCCGACAUGUGGUGGAGGUGUCUUCAUGGCUAGCCAUCAAAAUCGCUAUUACUGCGGUAAAUGCUACCAGACUUUGGUGAUGACCGAUCCUAAAGACAAGGCGGCUGCCAGCAAGAAAUAA